GCCGGAGGAGCGACGGACGGCCCGCCCCGGGCUGCGGCCAUGGACUGCGCUUGCCCGGGGAUGGGAGAAAUCGCCCCCCCCUCCGAGAAGCUGGACCCAGGGGCGGGCGAAGGCGCCCCCACCGCAGCCAGGGGGGACAUGGUGGACACGCCACAGUGCGGACACAGAAUCGUCAUGGAAUCAGAGUCAAACAGAGGCGGUAGCAGGUCCCGUGACUGCCCGCCAUCCCCAAGCGCCGGGAAGGCACACAGGGAGGGAGGGUCCCCCCCGUCCUGCCGGCCGUGUGGGGCGGGGCGGGGCGAGGGCGGCCCUCCGGCUCUACCGAGCCCCCAGAUGCCCGCGGGGCACCCCCCGCCGGGCUCGGGACCAGCUGGCCAGGAGCCCAAUCCACCUCGGGGGAAGAGACAUCGCCCUCCGAGGCGGAGCUGCCCCCCAGCUCUCCCUCCCGGGGUGGGGGAGAGGCUCCUGCGUCAUACAGAAAAUCAGACUCCCCCUCCUCCACAUCUGAGACAGAAGGGGUCCCCAGGGAACCCCGAGAGCCAUAACGAGGAGACCCCCGCCAAACGUCACUCAACUUUUGCCAGUGCACCAUCAGCGAUCUCACAUCCACCGAACAAUCAUCAAAGAGAGCAACCAUGAGACGAUCCCCCACGCGAGACCACACUUCCCUAGAAAGCGCCUCCAAAGGGUCCGAAAAAAAACCUUGCUCUCUGGCCCACAGAAACAAACUCUCAAACGCACUCCAGGAAAGGGAAACUCCUCUCCAAUCGAGGAGAACUUUCCAGAGAUCUAAAAUAACAGAAUCAUCCGAGGAACUCACAGAGGCUGCCAUCUCUCAAAAGAGCAGCAGGCAACGCCAAGCAAACAAGGGGGGGGAAAGGAUACAACCUCACCCAGCAAGGCCGCACGACACCGGAGGUCUCAAGUUCACACGAAGGGGUUCACCAGUUGUUGUGAUAAGGCAUGAAAUGAUGACACAGACACUGCUGCUCUCGAGGGGAACAAAAAAGAAGAAAGCUUUAUUU